CGUUGUGACAUGUCCAUUCUAGACGACCGCGAGGAGUAUCUGAAGAAUCCGUAUUUUAAGGGGCACGAAUACGGCGACUUCACCGCAUUCUAUGUCACAAUCGCCUUCUGCACCGUCCUGGGCGGAUGUCUGUUUAUCCUGAACAUCGUGUUCUGCUGGUGCUCGCGGCAUCGUGAUUAUUGGCAGAAUCGCCACACUGGCAAUAGGUGGAUCCAGCCCAUGUGGACUGUAUUACCACACAAAACGCCGCCGCUUGACCUCAGCGAGCUAGAGCCCGGUCUCAUCAAGCAUCCCCAAGUGAGGCACGAGAUUGUUCAGUAUCACGAUCCGGAGUCUCAGCGCACGACGCCGCAACCGCAGGAGUACAUGGAGAUGCAAAAACGCGAGAGCGAGAUCUAAAGUGGCGCCGGCAGCA